CAUGGCCCCGCGCGGGCGCUGCCGGUGGGCGCUGCUGCUGGCCUGGCUGCCGGCCGGUUGCUUCUCGCUCCUGGUGACAGUGCAGGAUGUUGAGCGUUACACCACCUUAUUUGCCACUGUCAUCCUCAAGUGUGACUACACCACCUCGGCACAGCUGCAAGAUGUGGUGGUGACCUGGCGCUUCAAAUCCUUCUGCAAGGACCCCAUCUUUGACUACUACUCAGCCUCAUACCAGGCUGGUUUAGCCCUUGGCCAGGACCCCUCAAAUGACUGCAAUGACAGCCAGCGGAAGGUGCGCAUUGUCAUCCAGAAAUAUGGGCAGAAGGACCCUGUGCUAGGCAUCGACUACCAGCAGCGAAAGAUCACCAUUCAGAACCGAGCAGACCUUGUCAUCAGUGAGGUCAUGUGGUGGGACCAUGGCAUGUACUACUGCAGUGUGGAAGCACAAGGAGAUACCUCAGGUGAUGCGGACAAAGAAGUUAAGCUGAUUGUUCUCCACUGGCUCACAGUACUCCUCAUCAUUCUCGGUGGUCUCCUCCUCCUUCUGCUGAUCGGUAUAUGCUGGUGCCAGUGCUGCCCCCAGUAUUGCUGCUGCCACAUCCAGUGUGGCUGCUGUCCAACACGGUGCUGCUGUAAUCAGAAAGUGCUGGAACGGCACCAGUUCAUGAAGCGGGCUCAGGCACUUGCACCUUGGUUAUCACCCAAUAUGUUCUACGGAGCUGGCGACAGGAACUCAAAACUUUCCUCUUACCAGCUGAACCCCCUGCUGCAACAAGAUGUAUCUCUGCAGAACAGUCUUCCACUGGUGCAGCCACAAGCCCAGCUUUCCCAUAACAACGGUGUUUUGGACUAUCUGGAGUCUGAAAUCCAAAACCUGAACAUGUCCCAGCUGCGGCCGCCCUCUCACCAGCGGCAGGCUGUGCAGCCCAGCUUGCUGUCCUCGCUGGGCUCCGACAUCGUGCCACCUCCUCUUGCCGACCACAUCUCCUCCAUCCAUGGGAGCAGCAACUCCUCACGGCCACAAAGAGCUGCCCGCACCCCCAGGCCCUGGGACUCUGCUGCGGAGGACAGAAGGGAAAACCGGAGGUGGCCCUUGCCUUCCAGUGGGGAUUCUCAUUCCAGCUACAGUCAGGAGCCCUGGGACAGGCAGCGAGAGGAUCAUCCUCAGAGGCAGAGGACAGGUGGCUACAAUGGCAGGCCCCAGCACUCCAGACGGGAUGUGUCACCCCCACGCCAAGCUGAGAGGGGCAAGGGCAGCAGCAGUUUCUAUCCAGAGGAGACCAAGGAGCGCUCCAGCCACCAUCGUGGUGGGAGGCAGGAGCCCGGGGCAAGGCGAGAGUAUGAGCACCAUGCUGGGAGGAGCAAUUACUCUGGCCAGAGGCGGCACAGCUACUCCCCCCCCUCUUCUCGCAGGGGCUCGUGGAGCUCCUCAGAAGAGCAAGUCCGUGUGCCAGUGUCAAACCGCAGGCGGAGGAACCGCAGGUCCCGGGAGUGGCCAGAAGAGAAACCCCCCAGUUACCGCUCCUUAGAAAUCAUCCCAGCUCAGGACAAGAAGCACAAAGGCAGCGCAGGGACCCGCUCGGACAGAGGAAGUUCCCACAGUGGAAGAAGCAUAGUCAUUUAAUGUCAGUACUGGAAGAACUAAGAUUCCCACUGGACUCCUCCUAGUUUUUCUACUAUUUAGGUUGGCAUGGCUGCUUUUGAUUGAGCAAAUAAACAGCAAUAAAAGGUUGGG